CACCAGCUUCGCGACGAAAAAGCCGCGAGGUUCUGUAGUUUUGGCGCGAAGCUCACACUCUCAGAGUUUCCAUCGAGAUGAUGCUGACGGAAACGUUAAAAAGUAAUUUUCAAACUCUUGGGGUUGAAAUUGAGGAUGGAGCUUUCAUCGAUAAGUGUCUGGAUCUCUGUGACAUUUAUGACAUCAGUGCUGAAGUCCUCGUUGAAAAAUGGAUAGCGUUUAUGGUUGAAAAAAAUAUUGGUUUAGAGCCAACCUUGGAGAGUCUCGAUCAAAUGGAAAGUACGGUCCUGAAGAAAGAAAACAAAAAUGUCUUGGGUGUACUGAAAAGUAGAAGCGAAUCUUUGAUACUGCAGAGCGACAAUUCCUAUUCGAACAAAAACAACGAAGACGACGAAGACAUCUUGGAAAUUUACGGUUACAAAGGACCUGCAAUCCAAAAUGUCAAGAGGUCCAGGAGUCCCGACGAUUCGGACCCCUCUGUGACGCCAAAGAACAAAAUACGAGCUUUGACUGCGACCUUUUCGCCGGCUUGCUAUUCCGCUAAAACGGGUACACCGAAAAGACUAUUGGAUAGCCAGACAAGGGGAAGGAUCCUGCAAACAUUUGGUAACGAGGUUGCCGAUUGGAAAACAUCGAAGCGAUGGGAGGUGAGCGUGUGCAAAACGAGCGAUCCUCACGUGCCGGCACAAGGACUUUACAUGUUCGAUUUACUGGCGAAAAAAGCAUCAAACUUCCAGCGGGUCUGUCGAGAGUUCGGUGCACGAUUGUGCAGCACGUGGUGGCAAACGAAUGACAAAGAUAAACCACCGAUUACGAUGAACGUGAUGAACCAGUCGCAAACGAGUUUCCGCACUUGGGGAAGAGUCGCUUGCGAGAUGCAUGGAAAACUUAAUUCAACGGCGGUAAUGCUCGAGGGUUGCAAGUUACCGCCCCAGUCGCGCAUGUCUUGUACGAUGUUACUCGAUCUCGAUAAUCUUCCAAGUUACUCGAUAUUCCCCGGUCAAAUAUUAGCGGUCGAAGGCACCAACCCGACUGGCGACAAGCUCAUUGUUACCAAAAUGUUCUCUUCCGGCUCGGCCGAAGCAUCCGCAAGCUUAAAAACCAAGGACGACGUACAUCUCGUCGUCGCUUCCGGCCCGUUUACCGAUUCUGACAGCUUGGAUUACGAGCCCCUUUUCGAGCUGAUGCGACAAGUCGCCGAAAUGGAGCCUCACGUGCUCGUACUCAUCGGCCCUUUCGUUCCCGCUAAUCACAAUGACAUACAAAAUUCAAAUGUCCUUGACACCUUUGAAGAACUCUUCGAAGAAGUCAUCGAAAAAAUUAUGAAAUAUGUCAAAGGUAAAUCCACGCGGGUUGUGCUCAUCCCGUCGUAUCGCGAUGCCCAUCACGACCCGGUCUACCCGACUCCUGAAUAUGACAUUCCGAAAUCCUUGCGCACCGCAAACCUUCACCUUAUGCCAGAUCCUUGCAUGCUCGACAUCGAAGGUCUCACGAUAGGCGUCACUUCUGUCGAUGUUAUACGUCACAUAGGCAGCGAAGAAAUUAGUUUAAAUAUGCCGGGCAUGGAUCGUCUUGGACGUCUGGCGAAUCACGUACUGGCACAAGGCUGUUUCUACCCGCUUUAUCCACCGUCGAAUGAAAUAAACGUGGACACAACGCUGUGGGAACAGUACGCUUUUAUGUAUCGACAACCUCAUAUUUUAGUGCUCCCUUCGGAUAUGAGACAUUUUUGUAAAUGGACAAACGGCUGCCUCGUCAUCAAUCCUGAGAGACUGAACAAACACUCGUACGCUCGCGUUAUCGUGAGGUCGAGUACCGAUGAGACGUGGACGAACCAACAGGUCGACUGUGAAAUAUUGAAAAUUUGAUUCGUGUACGAUUAACAAAAAAAUACUGAUUGUCUUUAUUUUUUCUUUUAAUGCCUUUUCAAUUACCGAUCAAUUUGUAAUACUUGUAAUUAAAUGACGCCCCAAUUUAAUGAAAA